UACUCUGCUUGAUCGAAAGCUCAGUGGUCGAUUAUUUACGUCUAGGAAGUAGGGGGAAGGAUUGCCGAGCUGAUCUCUCCUGGGCUGUAUCGUUCCGUAGCGUUUGUCUUUGCUAUGUCGGUGUUUCAGCUGGCGGCCGGGGCGCUGGGGAGGGGAAGGCCUGCUGCUGCUUCAUCCUCCAUAGUUCUUGCUCGAUCGAUGUUUACUGCGAGAGCACAUGAUCCUGCUAAACCAUACUGGUUGAAAGUUGGCCUGGCACUAGGGACUACAGUUGGACUCUGGGUUUUGCUCAUCAAGCAACACAAUGAUGAUGUGGCUGAGUAUAAAAGAAGAAAUGGGUUGCAGUGAAACAAUACCAUCAAAUACUAUAUUAUGGACUACUACAUUUUCUUGACAUGGUGGAUUCCUGAACAGGCUAAAGUACCUAAAUGAACAUAUUUUUUCCCUUGUGCAAUUCAAUAAAUAUCUCCAUUAUUAUAAA